AUGCUUCCAGGUCUCAAGCCUCAAUACCUCGCCACCACUGAAGUAAGGCUGUUGGAGAAAGAGUCAUUCGAGGAGUAUCUCAAACAGACAUGGAGUAUGCUAAACAUGAACCUCCGUGUCAUUAAUUCUCUGGAAACCUAUUCCUGGUUUGCUGAUAAUCGCAGCCAAAUUUUGAAAGACUAUCAAUUCCUUGAAAAUAAAGUCAUGAUCCAAAUGAAGCAAAACAGUGCCAGUAUACCGCUACUCACAGCAAUGAUAGCUGUUGAGGAGAGUAGAAAAGCAAUACAGCAAGCCAAUGACGUCAAGGCUUUGACAGUCCUUGCAACGGUGUACAUUCCAUUAUCAUUCGUUGCCGGCGUUUUUGGUAUGAAUGUAUCGGAGCUCAAUUCUGGAAUUGACGUCGAUAUUUGGCUAUACUUUGCCAUCAGUAUACCUGUCACAGUAGCAUCAAUGGUUCUAGUAUGGAAAUGGGAAUGGUUGACAAGAAAAGUUCAAAACUUUCGAAUCAGACCUAACAAUUCCAGUCCGAGAAAAACCGUUUCAGAAGCUCUUUUCUCCGUGGGUAAGAUGACGGCGGGGAUUGGGAAGCCGAGAGAUGUUCAGAUUGGGCAUGAUUUGGAGAAAUAAAUCACUGGCACUUGGACGUGUUAGGCUCGGUAUAAUUCCCAUCGCUCAACUAUAUGGAUCUCUUAUUUUCUUUUUAUAAAUGAAUGAUUUUUAUAUGGAAAUGUAGUCCUACAAGAGAGUAUACUGAGCAACUGAACAGCUCGUACACAAACCAGGCAGGAGGAAAAGGGGAUAUAUUGUCAGCUCACUGUGGAAAAUCCUAUCUUGUCUAUCGUUAAAUCCACAGGAAUAUGAAAACAAUCAAACAAUUUUCAUACUC